AUGACCAUCCUUUUCCUUACUAUGGUUAUUUCAUACUUCGGUUGCAUGAAGGCUGCCCCCAUGAAAGAAGCAAACGCCCGAGGACAAGGCAGCUUGGCCUACCCAGCUGUGCGGACCCAUGGGACUCUGGAGAGCGUGAACGGGCCCAAGGCAGGCUCGAGAGGCCUGACCUCGUUGGCUGACACUUUCGAACACGUGAUAGAAGACCUGUUGGAUGAGGGCCAGAAAGUGCGGCCCGAUGAAGAGAACAGUAAGGACGCGGACUUGUACACUUCCCGGGUGAUGCUCAGUAGUCAAGUGCCUUUGGAGCCUCCCCUUCUCUUUCUGCUGGAGGAAUACAAAAAUUACCUGGAUGCUGCAAACAUGUCUAUGAGGGUCCGGCGCCACUCUGACCCGGCCCGCCGCGGGGAGCUGAGCGUCUGCGACAGCAUUAGCGAGUGGGUCACCGCGGCGGAUAAGAAGACGGCAGUGGACAUGUCGGGCGGGACGGUCACGGUCCUGGAAAAGGUCCCUGUGUCGAAAGGCCAGCUGAAGCAGUACUUCUAUGAGACCAAGUGCAACCCCAUGGGUUACACGAAGGAGGGCUGCAGGGGCAUCGACAAAAGGCACUGGAACUCCCAAUGCCGAACUACCCAGUCGUACGUGCGGGCCCUCACCAUGGAUAGCAAAAAGAGAAUCGGCUGGCGGUUCAUAAGGAUAGACACUUCCUGUGUAUGUACAUUGACCAUUAAAAGGGGAAGAUAG